AUGUACGCAUUGACAACCAAGCUCGUAUUGAACUCAGUCACAGUACUUGAGGCAAACAAAAUGCCACGAUCUUUGACGGACUGGUCAAGCAAUUCAGGAUGGGUUUGGGAUGCACUAGCCGAUGUUUCGUUCGAUAAACGGGUUGGAUAUACCGCUACUUUUUCUGUGACACCGCAAACGAUUUGGAACAUGCAAGAGUCCCAGAGAUGUUUACCUGAGAUGACCUGGAUAGACAUGGUCUGCUCACAAUGUCGUAUUUUGCCCCAAGCUUUGCAGUGUCCUCAAAUCCUCCUGGAAGACAGAGGGGGCAACACCCAAAAUGAUUGUGAAACGGUCUGGGAAGCUUGCAAUGGUGCAAUCCAAGUCAUCCAAAGUUCUUGGGAAAGAUUCUUUGAAGCACGAGACGCCAAACCAGAAAUCAACGCAAGGCCGGACUACCUUAAGCCAAAUUCCCGUGGUAAAGAGUUCAAUCUCGAAGCAAUCAGCUCUAUGCCACAGAUUUUUGCGUCGAGUUAUGUGGUCGAGUGA